AAAAGGGGGGGGGUGAUAUUAUGGGAUGCCUACCCCCUGAUCUCUUUGUGUGUGCGUGCGCGCGCGCGGGGCGUGUGUAGUGUGCGAGAUCGAAAAAGGAGACGAACGACGUCGUGCGCACACGCAGUAGCACUAAAUAAAAACACAAACAAACCAAAAAAACAAGGAAAUCUGCUGAAAAUCCGCAAGCACCGUUACCUGAACAAAGGAGCGCCCGCCAACUAUUGUGACAACAACUGAGCCUGGACUUUUUUCUUUUUUGGAAGGGGAGGGAAACAAGGGUGUGCAGUUAAGUUAUUCGACGAACGCUGGCAUCCAACUCUGGAUUGUUAUUGUACAAACCAACUUUUUAUUUAGUUAGCUCAAGCUAGCUAAAUAGCCCAAAAGUUUCCGAUGUCUGGGAGCGAGGACGACAGGGACGAAUACGGAACCGCCCCGCAGGAUCGCUUAAUGCAAGAUGAUGAAGACGAGGAGAUUUCAGAGAAUGAGACGCAGAAGGUGAAGAAGAAGAAGAAGGCCAAGAAGAGUCGGGAGAGUAAAGGCAGCAAGCGGCGCUCGCGUCGAGAGGAGCUUCCCAUCAGCUCUCCGGAGCACAUGGACGUGGCCAGGGCCGACGACGAGGCGGACGGCGGCCAUGCUCAGCGCUCAGACAGCGAGGGCAGCGACUACACGCCGGGACGCAAGAAGAAGAAGCGGGCCAGCAGCGGCAAGGAGAAGAAGCGCGGCGGAGCCGGCUCCGAACGCAGCUCAUCCAAAAAGAAGGAACCCGAACCAGAAGAAGAAGAUGAGGAUGACGAUGAUGAUUUCUCAGAGCCCAAAUCGUCCUCCCAACUACUGGAAAACUGGGGCAUGGAGGACAUUGAUCACAUCUUCACCGAGGAGGACUAUCGCUCUCUCACCAACUACAAGGCCUUCAGUCAGUUUGUCAGGCCGCUCAUUGCCGCCAAGAAUCCCAAAAUCGCCGUGUCCAAGAUGAUGAUGGUUCUGGGCGCCAAGUGGCGGGAGUUCAGCACCAACAAUCCCUUGAGGGGAGCGGCGGCCGCCAACGCCGCCCUGGCCACAGCAAACGUGCCUGCCGCCGUGAACAACAUGGUGGCCGAGGCUGCCCCGCCCCCCGCGCCUGCCCCACUGCCGUCAGAGCCCCAGCAGCCUCCCGCGCCUCCUCUUCGCAAGGCCAAGACCAAAGAGGGCAAAGGUCCCAACGCCCGCAAGAAGUCGAAAGCUACUCAGAAGCCGCAAGACAAGAAGAACAAUGCAAAGACCAAGAAAGUGGCUCCUCUGAAAAUCAAGCUGGGAGGCUUCAACAGCAAGAGGAAGCGCUCAUCGAGUGAGGAGGACGAGCCCGAUGUGGACAGCGACUUUGAGGACGGCAGCAUGAACAGCGUCUCUGUCUCGGAAGGCUCCAACAGCCGCAGCAGUCGCAACAAAAAGAAGCCUUCGUCCAAGGCCAAGCCCAAGAGGAAGAAAGCCGAGGAUGCGGAUGGUUAUGAGACGGACCACCAGGACUACUGCGAGGUGUGUCAGCAGGGUGGCGAGAUCAUCCUAUGCGACACGUGUCCCAGGGCCUACCACAUGGUCUGCCUGGACCCCGACAUGGAGAAAGCCCCUGAGGGCACCUGGAGCUGCCCGCACUGCGAGAAGGAGGGCAUCCAAUGGGAGGCGAGGGAGGAGCCGUCGGAAGGCGAGGAGGACAACGGCGAUGCCGGGGAGACGGAGGAAGACGACCACCACAUGGAGUUCUGCAGGGUGUGCAAAGACGGCGGCGAGCUUCUUUGCUGCGACUCCUGCCCGUCGUCCUACCACAUCCACUGCCUCAACCCGCCUCUGCCCGAGAUCCCCAACGGCGAGUGGAUCUGCCCACGCUGCCUGUGCCCCCCGAUGAAGGGGAAGGUCCAGAAGAUCCUGACGUGGCAGUGGGGAGAACCUCCGCCCCCGACGCCUGUACCCCGCCCACCGGACCUCCCGGCGGACGCACCCGACCCCGCCCCGCUGGCAGGGCGGCCUGAGCGAGAAUUCUUCGCCAAAUGGUACAAUAUGUCCUACUGGCACUGCUCUUGGGUCACUGAGCUGCAGCUGGAGCUCCACUGUCAGGUGAUGUUCCGGAACUACCAGAGGAAGAACGACAUGGACGAGCCGCCGCCUAUCGACUUUGGCGACGGGGAGGAAGACAAAAGCGACAAGAGGAAGAACAAGGACCCCAUGUAUGCGCAGCUGGAUGAGAAGUUCCUCCGAUUUGGGAUCAAAAUGGAGUGGCUGAUGAUCCACCGCAUCCUCAACCACAGUGUGGACCGCAAGAAUAACGUGCACUACCUGAUCAAGUGGCGGGAGCUGGCGUACGACCAGGCCACAUGGGAGGCGGAUGACAUGGACGUUCCAGAGUUUGACACCUUCAAGCUGCAGUACUGGAACCACAGAGAACUGAUGAUGGGUGACGAUGGCAAACCCGGAAAGAAGAUCAAGGUGAAAGGACGUGUCAAGCGUCUGGACAGACCGCCAGAGAACCCCGUUGUUGAUCCCACCAUCAAGUUCGAUCGUCAACCCGAGUACCUGGACAGCACGGGCGGGACGCUGCACCCCUACCAGCUGGAGGGCCUCAACUGGCUGCGCUUUUCAUGGGCGCAAGGAACCGACACCAUCUUGGCCGACGAGAUGGGACUGGGCAAGACUGUCCAGACGGCAGUCUUCCUAUACUCGCUGUACAAAGAGGGUCACUCCAAGGGUCCCUUCCUGGUCAGUGCGCCGCUCUCCACCAUCAUCAAUUGGGAGAGGGAGUUUGAGAUGUGGGCGCCCGACAUGUACGUGGUGACGUACGUUGGCGACAAAGACAGCAGGGCCGUCAUCCGAGAGAACGAGUUCUCCUUCGAGGAUAACGCAAUCCGGGGAGGGAAGAAAGCGUCCAGGAUGAAGAAAGACUCGUCCAUCAAGUUCCACGUCCUGCUGACUUCGUACGAGUUAAUAACCAUCGACAUGGCCAUCCUGGGCUCCAUCGACUGGGCCUGUUUGGUGGUGGACGAGGCCCACAGGCUGAAGAACAACCAGUCCAAGUUUUUCCGCGUGCUGAACAACUACCCCCUGCAACACAAACUGCUGCUCACCGGAACGCCGCUGCAAAACAACCUGGAGGAGCUUUUCCACCUGCUCAAUUUCCUCACGCCUGAGAGGUUCAGCAACCUGGAGGGCUUCCUGGAGGAGUUUGCUGACAUCGCCAAAGAGGACCAAAUCAAGAAGCUGCACGACAUGCUGGGGCCGCACAUGCUCAGGAGGCUCAAGGCCGACGUCUUCAAGCACAUGCCCUCCAAGACCGAGCUCAUUCUGCGGGUGGAGCUCAGCCCGCAGCAGAAGAAGUACUACAAGUUCAUCCUGACCAGGAACUUUGAAGCUCUCAACACCAAAGGAGGUGGCAACCAGGUGUCACUGCUCAACGUGGUCAUGGACCUCAAGAAGUGCUGCAACCACCCUUUCCUCUUCCCCGGAGCCGCAAUGGAAGCUCCCAAGCUGCCCAACGGGAUGUACGACGGCAGCUCGCUCAUCAAGGCUGCCGGCAAGCUGAUGUUGCUGCAGAAGAUGAUGAGGAAAUUGAAAGAAGGAGGACACAGAGUGCUCAUCUUCUCGCAGAUGACCAAGAUGUUGGACCUCCUGGAGGACUUCCUGGAGAACGAAGGCUACAAGUACGAACGCAUUGACGGCAGCAUCACGGGAGGAAUGAGACAGGAAGCCAUCGACCGCUUCAACGCUCCCGGCGCUCAGCAGUUUGCCUUCCUGCUGUCCACGAGGGCUGGAGGGCUUGGCAUCAAUCUGGCCACCGCCGACACAGUCAUCAUCUACGACUCGGACUGGAAUCCUCACAAUGACAUUCAGGCUUUCAGCAGAGCUCAUCGAAUCGGUCAGAACAAAAAAGUGAUGAUCUACCGUUUCGUCACCAAGGCCUCGGUGGAGGAGAGGAUCACGCAGGUUGCCAAGAAGAAAAUGAUGCUCACCCACCUGGUCGUCCGACCUGGCCUCGGCUCCAAGACGGGCUCGAUGUCCAAGCAGGAACUGGAUGACAUUCUCAAGUUUGGGACAGAGGAACUCUUCAAAGACGAGGGCGAGGGUGAGAACAAGGAAGAUGACAGCAGCGUCAUCCACUACGAUGACAAGGCCAUCGACCGGCUGCUGGACAGAAACCAGGACGCCACUGACGACACGGAGCUGCAGAGCAUGAACGAGUACCUGAGCUCCUUCAAGGUGGCGCAGUAUGUGGUGAAAGACGAGGACGAGGAGGAGGAGGAGGUGCAGCGCGAGAUCAUCAAGCAGGAGGAGAGCGUGGAUCCCGACUACUGGGAGAAGUUGUUGCGCCACCAUUACGAGCAGCAGCAGGAGGACUUGGCCCGCAAUCUGGGCAAAGGCAAGCGCAUCCGCAAGCAGGUCAACUACAACGACGGCUCGCAGGAGGACAGAGCUGAUUGGCAGGAUGACCAGUCUGACGGCCAAUCGGAUUACUCUGUGGCAUCCGAGGAGGGAGAUGAGGACUUUGACGAGCGAUCGGAAGCCAAUUCGCGCAGACCGAGCAGGAAGGGCCUGAGGAAUGACAAAGACAAGCCGCUGCCCCCCCUGCUGGCCAGGGUGGGCGGCAACAUCGAGGUGCUGGGCUUCAACUCCCGGCAGAGGAAGGCUUUCCUGAACGCCGUGAUGCGGUAUGGCAUGCCGCCGCAGGACGCCUUCACCACACAGUGGUUGGUCCGAGACCUGCGAGGGAAAUCUGAGAAAGAAUUCAAAGCCUACGUGUCCCUGUUCAUGCGACACCUCUGCGAGCCCGGAGCCGACGGCGCGGAGACCUUUGCCGACGGCGUCCCCAGGGAAGGGUUGUCGCGGCAACACGUGCUAACCCGCAUCGGCGUCAUGUCGCUCAUCCGUAAAAAGGUGCAGGAGUUCGAGCAUGUCAACGGCCAGUGGUCGCUGCCGUGGAUGGCAGAGCUUGAGGAAAACAAGCGGGCCGCUCAGCCCGACUCGCCGGGGAAAACGCCAUCCACGGGAACGCCGGCUGACACGCAGCCCAACACGCCUGCUCCUGUUGACGAGUCAAAAAGCGAUGAGGUCAUCAGGGACUGCGACAAAGACGUGAAGAAAGAUGGCGAGGCAGACAAGAACGGCAAAGACACCACCAAAAACACCAGCGAGGUCAUCUCCAUCCCCGAUGACGACGACAAGAGUCCGGCGGAGGAGAAGAAGGCCGAGGAGCCCACGGAAACGAGCAAAGCCACCAACGGGGAAGCCGAUGACGUCAAGGACGGCAACAAGAGUCCCGAAGGCCAAGCCGACUCCGCGUCACCUUCGGAGGCCAAAAUCGAGGGCGCCGAGUCCAAAAGUCAAGACUCUGUCAGCAAAGAAGAGAAGCCAGAGAAGAUGGACACGACGCCGCCCGUAGACGACAAGAAAGCAGCUGCUGCCAAAGACGAGAAGGAGGCUCCCAAAGCCGAGGAGCCCAGCAAACUGCUGAACGGCGACGGCAGCAAGGAGAGCGCCGCCGCCAUUGAGGAAAAGAAGAAGGUCAAAGGUCGCUUCAUGUUCAACAUCGCCGACGGAGGAUUCACGGAACUUCACUCGCUCUGGCAGAACGAGGAGCGCGCCGCCACAGUGACCAAGAAGACCAACGAGAUUUGGCACCGUCGCCAUGACUACUGGCUGCUGGCCGGAAUCAUCCAACACGGCUACGCUCGCUGGCAGGACAUCCAGAACGACGUCAAGUUCGCCAUCCUCAACGAGCCUUUCAAAGGAGAGAUGAACCGGGGCAACUUCCUGGAAAUCAAGAACAAGUUCCUGGCCAGGAGGUUCAAGCUCCUGGAGCAGGCGCUGGUGAUCGAGGAGCAGCUCCGGCGCGCCGCCUACCUCAACAUGUCGGAGGACCCGUCGCACCCGUCCAUGGCGCUCAACACACGCUUCAGCGAGGUGGAGUGUCUGGCUGAGUCGCACCAGCACCUCAGCAAAGAGUCCAUGUCGGGGAACAAGCCGGCCAACGCCGUCUUGCACAAAGUGCUGAAGCAGUUGGAGGAGCUACUGAGCGACAUGAAGGCGGAUGUGACUCGGCUGCCGGCCACCAUCGCCCGAAUCCCGCCAGUGGCAGUGCGUCUGCAAAUGUCAGAGAGGAACAUCCUCAGCCGCCUGGCCAGCCGGGGGCCUGACACGCAUACGCCGGUGCAGACGCAACAGAUGUCUCAGCAGUAGACGGACGGACCGACCGACAGGCAACGACGCUCAGCUCUUCACCUCUAAAUCCCCCCCUCAAACCACAUUCCUGAUUGGCGAAGGACGGACCGCCCACGUUUGAAGCCACGCCCAGCUUCUUGCCAAGAUACAAAACGGACAGACUUUGAUUUUCCCGGAGUGCAGAUGUUUGGAAGGACAGACGAUGUCCUACCCGUACUCUGCGUUUGAGGCUGUGGACGCAAAAACAAUUUUAUUUUAUUUUUUUUCUCUCUUUUUUCAACUUAUGUAUUAUUAUUAUAAUGUUAUUAUGAUGUUUUUUUGGGACCUAAAUAAAAAAGUCAAAUUAAGUCAUUUUUGACUUUUUGAGCAAAAAGAAAAUA